CCUUUUAUAAGCUGCUUAACCAUGAAGCCUCUGGGGUGAGACCCCCCCUCUCUCAAAGACAGUACCUCCCUGGGAGCAUGCAGGAGCAGCAUGUUUCACUGUAGAACAGGAAGGGUGAGCAGCUCACAGUGUGCCCUUUCUCUCCCUUGCCUGUCGUGCAGGGAUAUUAUGGAGCUACCUUAAAUAAGCUCCGGCUAGGACUCUUAUCUUGGCCUUUGCAAACUAGCAGAAAGUUGAAGUGAUGACAGCAGAUAAGGGUGUUCGCUUUUGAAGCUUAUUGGCUGGUUCUCUGAACUUUUUUUCCCCCUGGAGCCAGUCAUUCAGAGGUACAGCUGGCACAGCCGGAUCGCUGUGUCCUGCAGAGAGCAUGGAGCGGACACGAGGGGCCAGGGUCUAGCGGGGCAGAUCUGGUGUCACCAGCCGGCUCCGCUGUGUCACCUGCCCGGGGACGAGACCUGCGCAACGCUGUCAGCUGAGGGAAACGUGGGCUCCUGCUUUCCCUGACCUUUCUUCACCUUGGAGAAGUGCAGAAUGGAUCGUGGUUGAGAAAUUGUGUCCAUCGGGUUUGCUGCCACCUGGGCUCAACCCAGCUGAACCAGUUUUGGAGGAUACCCUUGCUGCAAUCAUCUGGACGGGCUCCUAGGAGGAGAAGAAACUAAAGGAAUUUGGCAUCGUUGCUGUAGUUUGAGGAAAAACAUUCCUUCUGACUUUGGAGAGAGCUAUAAGGAGGAUCUGUGUGAUGUCUUGAUCUCCCUCCAUUUUCCUGCUGAGCAUGGGGUAGCAGUGUGUGACCAUGGUGGUCACCCAGUUACAGCUGGAACUGUGCUUCCACGGCAAGAAGCUGAGAGGUUUCACCUGCAAGUUGACCAGGUCAGCCAGUGGAUUUCUCCCAGAGACUUCAUUCUCCAUUGCCUCCCAGAUUUUUGUGCCGUUCCUUCUGGCUGGCUUGGGAAUGGUAGCUGCUGGCCUCUUGAUGGAUGUUGUUCAACACUGGGAUGUGUUUCGGACAAUUACAGAAGUGUUUAUCCUGGUUCCUGCCUUGGUUGGCCUGAAGGGUAAUCUGGAGAUGACACUGGCAUCCAGGCUCUCCACUGCUGCUAACACUGGACAGAUGGAUGAUGCCCAGAAGCAGUGGAAAAUGGCCACCUGCAAUUUAGCCCUUAUCCAGGUCCAGGCCACUGUGGUGGGACUUCUGGCUGCUGUUGCUGCUGUGAUCCUGGGAGCCAUCUCCAAGGGCUCUGUGGAGCUGAGCCAGGCUGCUGUGCUGUGUGCCAGCAGCGUGACCACGGCCUUCAUAGCUGCCCUUUCCCUUGGUCUGGUGAUGAUUGGCGUGAUCAUCGGAGCCAGGAAGGUUGGGAUCAAUCCAGACAAUGUCGCCACACCCAUAGCAGCAAGCCUUGGAGAUUUGAUAACCCUUUCCCUCCUCGCAGGAAUCAGCAGUACACUCUUCAAAUACAUAGAUGUGAAGUACCUUUCUCCUCUGAUCUGUGCUGUCUUCAUUGUCAUGAUCCCUCUGUGGGUUGCAAUUGCCAAGCAAAGUCCUUCCCUGGCCGAAGUCCUGAAAUCUGGAUGGCAGCCUGUUAUUGUUGCCAUGAGCAUCAGCAGCAUUGGUGGGCUCAUCCUGGACAAAACUGUAACUGAUCCAAACUUUGAAGGCAUGGCAGUUUUCACUCCUGUGAUUAAUGGUGUUGGAGGAAAUCUGGUCGCCAUCCAAGCCAGCCGAAUUUCAACAUUCCUGCACUUCUGGAGCAUGCCUGGAGUUUUGCCGUACAAGAUGAGGCAGAAUUGGCCCAACCCAUGCACCACAUUCUUCUCAUCAGGGGUGAAUUCCAAGUCAGCUCGCGUCCUGUUCCUCCUGGUUAUCCCAGGGCACCUCGUGUUCCUCUACACCAUCCAUCUGCUGCAGGGGGGCCACACAUCCCUGUCCUUCACCUUUGUGAUGUUCUACCUGGCUGCUGCUUUGCUGCAGGUGGGGAUCCUGCUCUACGUGGCCGACCUGAUUGUGCGCCUGAUGUGGAGGAAGGCUCUGGACCCGGAUAAUUUCUCCAUCCCCUACCUCACUGCCCUGGGUGAUCUCCUGGGCACUGGGUUCCUGGCCAUCUGUUUCCGCCUCGUUUGGCUCAUCCAUGGCACAGAAAUGAACCUGGGGAACUGAGAGUCCGUGUGCUGCUCUCACCCUGGCACCACACGGUGCUUUCCUUGGGGACACCGGGGUACCUGGCCAUCAGCGUUGGGUCACCCGGCUGGGCUGGGCCUCUCCUGCCACCCUGACACCCCACCUGCCCUCCCCGUCGUGCCUUAAAGCCAGGCUCACCCGCCCCGAGGAAUCAGCACCACAAACUUGUGCCCUUGCAGGGGAGCAAGACAGUUUUAAGAAGCACCUGCUGCUCACACCUGGACCUGGCAGACAAGGCAGGAAGGAGCCCUGGGGCCGUGGUCUCUGUCCCCAGCACUGACACAGCCCCGAGGUCACUGCGUCUGAUCCUUCAAGGGGAUGUUGCAGCUCCUCCAGUGGACUCUGACUUUUCAUCAAGGGAAAUUCUUUAUUCACCCCACUUUUCUCCUGCUGAAUCCCUGGAGUAGCAGAGCAGCCAGGUCUUUGAACUUGUCUCCUCUCCAUUGCUCAGAGGCUCAGGAUCUGAGGCAGUGAGUUGCUGGCUCAUGCCCAGUGGAAGGUUAUCUAGGGAUACUACCUACCUGCCCUGACAGCAUCGCUGGUGUCUGACCAAAAAGCUGGUUAGAUUGUAUUUUGGGGGCAGGAAGGUUUGUUUUUACGGUUUAUGAAAUGUCCAGUAGUUAAAAUGUUUAUAGAAACACACACAUAAAUAAAGUGGGUAAAGAAAAGGUAAUGGUGUAGAUUUGCAGGUUUUUUUUUUCUUGCCACAACUCUGCCUGUUUCUAGUUCUAACUUGUCAGGUAGGACUUCUUGUUUUUUUUCUCAUCCAUUCAGGACUGGACAACACAAUUUUAAUAGAGCUUCAGGAAAAUCAGUGUUUCCUUGCCAAGAACUUUUUGCCACCCACAUGUUUCAGGUUAGAAUUAAAGCCUCUCCCACAGUCACCAUCCACUCAUUAACAACUGCUCUGGAAUAAGUCCAAAAGCUGUCUGUGUUGGUCUGAGUGACAGUCAGGCACAAGGCUGUGGCCACUGACUCCUCAAGUCCUUGCUCCAGGGUGGCAAUCUGGUGCUACCAGGGACAUGUCAGGGAGGUUUUUGGGGCUAAAAGCAGCCAAUUCUCACUGAAAUUGAAGAAGCAAUAGAGUCCUCCAGAUAAGAUGCUGAAGAGGCAGGAGCUGAGGACAUGGAUCAAGCCUUUGAAAAAUGUCACUAGGCCUCACCUUUAUUAAUUAUCUGCCUUCUUGUUGGAGAAGGCAAAAGGGGAGGUCAAGUCCCCCAGUCUCCUGGCAUUGAGCUUGCCUUAGUCAAGGACCUGCCAGCUGUAAAACACUUGACCCUUAGCUGUGUUGAGUGCCUGCUGGCCUGGGGUGUUUCGUUGCUUCCAGUUCUGCUCUGGUGCCCCAGAGCCGAGGCCCCUGCAUGGUUUCAACACAGGGCUGAAGGUCCCUGACAGCAAAAGCUGAACGGCUCUGGGCUGCCAGGCGUGGGGAAAAGCAGUUCCUGAAAAAAAAAAGAGCUGUUGCCUCCCUUUUUUCCAAGCUUUGUCUUUUUUUUGUCACGAAGGACGAAUUGCCCGAUGCCGCUGAGCGGGAGAGGCUGUGCACAGCAGGGAGGUUCCAGCAGGCGAGGCACACACUGCCCUGCCUCGGGUGUCGCUGCUUCAUCCCCCUGCAGCCUGUGCUGCUGCCUCUGCUCCCAGGGCACUCACAGGUGAGAACUGCAGCAGCAGCAGAGGGGCGUGUGGGGAAAGCAAAGCAUCUGACAGUCCCAGUUUGAGGGGCUGCAUUAGAGGAUAUGUACUUAAAUAUUUUAAUAACUUGAGCUUAGUGCUUUACUUUGUAAAUUUGUCACUGGCUUGAGCAGUCCUGGCAAAUAACUCCUCCUGCCUCAACACCAUGUUUGCUCCUCCUUGCUGCAUUGUCCCCACCUCAGAGGUCCUCUCUGGAGCUUGGUGCUUUUGCUGGUCUUGGGAAUCAGGUAAGGCUGGUGCUAAAGCCAAGCUGCUGGGGACACCCCAGCCUUCUACAGGAUCCUGAACAUGUGAAGCUUCUGCUUUUCUCUUAAUAACACAGAUUUGCCCCUGCUUCCUCUAAUCUUGCAAAAGACCUAGACUGGAGCCAGUGGCUGGUGCAAGGGACCCCAGUCACACUCCUCCAGCAUCAAAUCCCAGUGUCCAAUGCACGGGUGCUUCUCUGCCAUGUGCCUGCAGCAAAGCCCUGGCACUAGCAUGUCCUUUCACUGGGGGAUUUCUGGGCAGAACUCAUCUUAAUCUGGCUGUCACUGUUGACAGAGGACAGGGAUGGGAACAUGUAAUGGAUGCCAUCUGUGUCCUACUUGUGGGACUCAGCUGCUCCAAGGUGACCUAUGCUGCACCUUGCCUGUGCCAGGCUCGGGGGUUCCUCCCUUGCAGGAGGGGCUCACAGGUGAUGUGGGGAAAUGACAGAGGGCACAGCAAGAUGUGCUGCUCUCCAGAGCACCCCUUGGUGGGCAGCCAAGCAUCAGCCUUGUGCCUGUGCACUUAGUGCAGGGAACAUACUUAAGACUUAAAAUUGCUUCCAGCCUCAGGAGAAAUGAUAUAACCAAAGGAAAUGGUUUCAAUAAAAAGGGAUUUUUUUUUCCUUUUUUUAAGGGCAGUGAGAGGCUAGUUGAAGGAGUAUCUCCGUCAGGGUAGAAUCGGCGACAAAGUAUCUCUAUAAGCAAUGAGCAGGGGUAACACGUGGUUUAUUGUGAAGGCCUUGCUUGUAGCUGCUGGGCACAGCUAAAGCAGGCCAGGAGAGCAGGAACAGCGAACCGAGCCGAGAGAGAGAGAGAGCCCCGAAUCCCGUACAUUAAAUAUCUUUCUAAGUUGAAGAGUAUGAGUUGGACCAACCAAUCUAAUACAAGAUGACAACAUAUACAGCCAAUAGAAAUGUCCCACCACCCAAGGCAAGCAGAAGGGGAUUGUUUAAUCAAACGAUCUGUCCCUCAGCUUAGCAGAAGUAUAUUGUUUAAUCAAGGGAGCUGGCCCUCAGCUUAGCACAUCGUUAUUCACUAGCUGAUGGCCCUGCACCCCACACCCUAAAUCUCAAAGCAUGCUUUCAUUUCUAUCUCGCUUGUUGAACUCAGACUCCCAGAAUCUAAACCACUAUAUUUGUAAGGUCUUUCUACUUCAUCCUUCCCAACAGCUAGUUAUUUGGCUGCUCAGCCUGUUUACUCUUUCUCUUUUUUUGCCUUGUGCAAAGAGAAAGGCCUUUGCUCACAAAGCUUAUAUGUAACCCCAGUGCACAGCUUGGGUCAGCAUUCCUGUAACUCUGUCUGAACUGGCUCCUCUAAGAAAGCACCCCCAGUCCUUCCAGUAAGUGGGAAGCACUGUCCUGUCCCCUGGCACCAGUUGCCCCAGCAUUCCCAGCAGGGCCAGAAGCCCCUGAGUUGUCCAGGCACCCCCCCCUUCUCUCCCUUUAAAAGCAGAAAUUUGAUGCUUAAAUACCUGCAGGCUUCUCAGCUUCUAAGAAUUUUCAGUACAUCACAGCAGGCCCUACCUGGUUUUAUGCUCCCUGUGGUGUUGUGUGGAGUGAUUUGGUCAGGGGGGAGACUUGGGGAGGGGGUUGUUUGCCUCCCUUUUCUUCCACAAAUUUCAGUUUCAGCACACAUUGGUGUGGGUAGCAGAGCCCAGAGGGUGGGGACAUUUCACAGUGAUUUCUGUCUUCAGUCUAACCCAGCAGGGAAGUCACUGCCAGCAGCAUGCCUGGCUUCUCUGCUGCUGUGUCUGUGUUAUUACUGUGCCCAGCUUUUCACUGGGCUGGACCCACCCUGCCAGAGUAACCAGCACCUCAGUUUCAGCCAGCACUGACUUUUAUUUGUAUUUAGUCCUCACAGUUCCUAAAUAAGCAAUAGCCUUAAAAAGGAGGAGGUGGAGGAAGAGAGUUUCUUUCUUGCUGCUCUUUAGUCCUUGGCUGCUGACCUGCCCCUUUGGGCUCAGUGCUGGUUCUGGAAACCCAUCCAAUGCUGUGAGAUGCUUGUGGAAGGCUUACCUUGUUGUAAUCUUUAGAGGGAAUCAAGGAAAGUGUGGAGUGUUGGCAGAGAAUGAGAUUGGCUAUUUUUGAACUCUAUGCAGCCAUCAGCCAGCCGAUCUGGACUCUAGUAGUGGGCAGUGAAACCAUGUAAUUUUAAGUCCCAUUGUUUUAUUUCCCUUUGGAUUAACAGUGCAGGAAGGCUCACUCCUGACAUCAGUCACUAUUUGUCCUCUAAUAAACUAAAUCUCGGGUUUGUGUCAGUGUUGUGGGAUGGGGGCUAAGGAAGAGCACUGGAGUUUGGGAGGGGGUGGGUUCCUGCCCUGGACCAGCACCUGUGUUGGGGUCCUGGGGUGGCUGCGGGGACCUUGGGGAGAUCCCAGCCGAACCAGGGAGGAAGGUCAGGCAGGAGUUCCCCUAUUCCUGGUGCAUAAGGGGUUUUCUUUGCAAAGAAGGGGCUGUCACCAUCUAUAGAUGCUGAUGGGAACAGGGAUUUGUUUUCAGGGAUAGUCAAAUCAUUUCUUUUUCUUCCCCCACUGCUUCCACUCACUGUCUCUAUCCUAACACAGUAAUUUUCCAGAAACUCUCUGUGAGAUGGAGCUUCCUUACCAGGGACAAGCCAAGUGCCAGGCAGCAAACACAGUAAGUCUGAAAAGCCUCCUUCAAGGGAGACACUGCUUCCAAGACAUACUUCAACACACUUUUGUUUUUUUUUUCUCUUGAAUGAAAGUCUAUUUAAUCCUCCAGCUGGUAAACAACCCAAUCUGUGGUGCACAGGAAAGUCUGGAAGGAAACCUCCUGAUCACUGAAGCUCUGUUUUGUUCCACUGGAAGGAGAAACUCAACAGCUUCACAUGGGCCAUGAGGGAUGGGGCCAGCAGCUCCAUAGAACGCAAAACCCACAGCACAGGCUGAGUGCCUUCCACACUGGGAAGGCUGGAGCUGCUGGAGGCACACAGAGGAAGGGGCUGGUUCUUUAUUAACUCCUGAGCCACGCUGGGCUGUGGCAAAGCUCAACAGUGCUGCAAGGGAAGGUACUCCCUCUUUUAUGCUGGGGGGUAUAUGAGUAUUUAUGUAAUAAAUGGGAUGGUGUGCAGACACACAUACGUAGACAUACAUAAGCCAAAUGUCUAUUAAGGAUUAUAACCAUAUACAAAUGUAAUUGCUCAAUAUAAAGUACGUAGAUUGAUGCAGCAGUAAUUCUAUUAUACAUUGUAUUAUAAUCAUUAUGUUCAUUGUAUAUUUGUGCACACAUGAACAUACCAAAGUGAGUCUGUUGUUUUUUUGUGUGUGUCUCCCUGGUGCUCUGAGAACUCCCCAGUAGCUCUCAAGCCUUGGGCCAGAGUCCAGGACUAACCUGACUCAUUUAGAGUCUCUUGUUCCCAAGCUCUGCAGCCUGAGGCCAGGAUGGGAACCUUUCAGGGGGCUGGGGGGACUUUACUACCAUGGUCCUUUCUCCAGCGAGGCCAGGACUGGCCCCUUUUGCCGCUCACAUGCCCUGCUCAGAGAGGAGUGCCCGGACAGGGCCGAGGGGAGGAUGCCCUGACCUGCUCCUGGGGCGCAGACCCUGGGCAUCCCCUUGUACUUCAUGCCCUUGCUGCACAUCAGCCACUCCCACAUUCCCACUUCUAAGUAGAGGAGAAAACCAAAUCCAGUUACACUUCAGAGAUGAUCCAGGCCUCCUUGAAAUUUUCUCCUCGAAAAAGAAAAAGAGACCGAGUCAACCAGUUUAAAAAGCCCAACCAACCAGGAGCCCUCAGACAAAUUGUUCCCAGCACCCGUACAGCGAAUUACACCGCCUGUAGUUGGGAUCACCGGUCACACGGGGUCCUCCUAGCUCCGUCCUGCUCCUCCAGCGCUUUCGGUCGGACCUGGAAGGAUCGGACCGUGCCUGCGGCGAGCAGCAUCCCGGCCCUGCAGCACCCCGACCCCGCAGCAUCCCGACCCCGCAGCAUCCCGACCCCGCAGCAUCCCGGCCCUGCAGCAUCCCGACCCCGCAGCAUCCCGGCCCUGCAGCAUCCCGGCCCU